AUAGCGAGCUGCUAUUACCAGUGACAGAAAGCGGCAGCGAGCUCAUCCAGUCUGGAGAGCAGCUGAAGCGAGACAAGAUGCUGAGCGUCGCCCUGCUGUGUGUGUGCGCCCUUGGACUCGUCUGCGCUCGCUCCGACAGCGGCAAUUUCUUGGAUGAUAAGUGGCUCGCCGGGAGAUGGGACAAAUUCCGGGAUGAGCCUGGAACGUGGUCUCCAACCAAGUCCUUCGAUCAAGGCCUUGAUCCAGCCAAGGACCCCUGUCUGAAAAUCAAAUGCAGUCGCCACAAGGUGUGUGUUGCAGAGGAUUACAAGACGGCCACUUGUGUCAGCCAGAGGAGAGUUAGUGUUAAAGAUGCCAAUUUGUACCACAGUCCGGGGUCAAAGUGCACGCCCUGCCCCGUGGUCCAUCCUUCACCCGUCUGUGGAACCGAUGGCCACUCCUACUCCACCAAGUGUAAGUUGGACUACCAGGCGUGCAUCACAGGAAAGAAGAUCGCUGUCAAGUGCCCCGGCAUGUGUCCCUGCCCCGCUCAGCCCGAACUGAGCUCUGCGGAGAAGAAAGUGUGCAGUGAGUCGGACCUAAAGGAGGUGGUGAGCCGUCUGAGGGACUGGUUCAGAGUUCUGCACGAUAACGGCAACCACAAGAGAGUCAAGAUUCAGAAGCCGGAGAAGAACAAGUUUGAGGUCGGGGCGUCACCUAUUUGCAAAGACCCUCUGGGCUGGAUGUUCUCGCGCUUGGACACAAACUUCAACCUCCAGCUCGACCAGCCAGAGAUCAAGAGCCUGUACCUGGACCGGAACGAGCCGUGCUCCGAUGCGUUCUUUAGGUCCUGCGACACACAUGCGGACAAAGUCAUCACCAGCUCCGAGUGGUGCACGUGCUUCCAGAGGUUCACAGAUUCUCCUUGUAAAGCAGAGCUGUCCAGCAUCAACAAAAAGCAAGCGGGGAAGAAGCUUCUCGGUCAGUACCUGCCUUCCUGUGAUGAGGAUGGUUACUACAGGUCCCACCAGUGUCACAGCAGCAGCGGACAGUGCUGGUGUGUGGAUCACUAUGGCAACGAGGCGGCGGGUUCACGCACCCAUGGCCCUGCAGACUGCGGCGUGAUUCUGGAGUCCUCUGGCGACCCCGGCAGUGGAGACUCGCUCUUCACAGACGACGAUGAGGAUUCGUUUGUCCUCAAUGACCAGGCCGGGAUGGACGAUGAGGACGAUGAAGACGAGGACGAUGACGACGAAGAAUAUCUGUCGUAAUUUUAAAAGAACAAAACAGAAAACAAAAAAAAAAACUGUUACUGUUUCUUUUUGUUUGUUUGUUUGUUUGUUUGUUUGUUUGUCAAACUGCACGUUUCUAGGUGACUCCCCCAGGCAGAUACUUAAUCGUACUAACAGCCUAUGGACUACUCUCUGUGUAUCGUUUGUUCAUACGUUAAAAAAGAAAAAACAGUACUUAUGGCAAACGUUAAUGAUUUUUUUUCCCUCUUGUCUUAAGUAUACAUUUGAUUGGCUUAUGGCACUUGUUCACUUGUUUGCCAGCCGACCAGAGAAAAAGACGAGGACUAUUUCGACAACCACUCCAGCGCUUUGGAUUUGGUCACUUGUGCAAAGACUUGUCCCAUCAUUGGACGAUCCAUGUACUCUAUUGUGUCCCGUCUUUGUGCAGCACUCCGGCGCCUGAGUGUGUUGACACCAGAGGCGCAAUGUUAAAGAGAUUUCCCCCCUUCUUCAUCCUCUUCAUCCUCUUCCUCCACCCGUUUUCUCCUUAUCAAAUGUUCCUGUGUAUAGGUGGGAUGUUCAUGAUGUAGAUAAGAGAAUAUUGCACUCUAGGUUUAUUUCCAUCUUGAUUUGUAACUGUGACUGUAACUGUGUGAAAAAAACAAGAUAAGAGUUAGACAUGCUUCAUUAGGGGAAAUAAGGCAAGACAAAAAAAAAGAAAAACACAGUGUGAGCUGGAUAACGAUCAGAACCGACAUGCGAGCUGUUUUCACCGAGGCACAAAUCAAGUCAAAUCAUCUCAAAGCUCUCAGCAACGAGGACAGACAAAUUCACUGCUUGGUCGGUGGUGUUGUGGGUGGGGGGGGGGGAGGCGGGAAAUGUCAUUAUUAUCUAUUUUUCUAAUCCACCGUUGGAUGCAAACAGAAGAUGAAACAGAUUUGUCGUAGCGCGUCUCACACUGCGCGACGUCGUAGAAACCCAGAGGCUCAACUGUAAAAAUUAGAACGAGGCUUGAGGUCGGAAAAAAGAUAAAGCUACAUUCAUAAUUCAUAUCGUCCUAAACUGCUUGAGCCAGACAUCUGUGUGAUGAACAUGUCGACUGACUUUCAAUGCGUUGGUGGAAGGAGGCGCCUCGAAGUAACUGUGUCCCAAGAAGACACAGUGGUUUGUUUUUCUUUCUCAUUUUCAGAGAAUUCCUUUGAAUUGAGCACGCGGUGACAGAACAAAUCUCUUUGCACAGAAAUCAAAAAAACCGCACAGCCGUGCGGACCUGUUGAUGGCGCCUGGC